AUGCACGUUGCACACUGGAGCAAGUGCCCACUGAAAUCCUUACCACCUCUCUUCAAGAACAACUUCACCCAGGCUCCUCUCCUUCGUCUCCUCGCUGUUCUUCAUGCCAUCGCUCCGCUUCUCCUUGGCGUUGUCAUUCUCGAUCUAUGCGCUCGUGCUGGGGCGUUCACCCUCAGCCUUCACAGGCGGCGAGUGAGUAAAGUCCAACUCAUCGCUGAUGCCACUGUCUUGGGAGGUCUUCCUUCCACGGCGGUCGGGUCUAUUUCUCACUUCUCGGCUAGGCAGAGACCUUGCGGCGGUGUCCACUCGGCAUCUUUCAGCAUUCGCUCAGAUGCACCCGCUGUGAUGAUUUAA